AAGCUAACAUAAGGAAGUACUAGGGUCUCUGAAAAGGCUCCGACUAUAUAAACCCUAAACAAAUCUCGCCCCGUUCCCUCUCUCUCCCCCUCACUCGUUCUGCUCUCUUCUGCGCCACUCAAAGUGUCGGACCAAGACGCAAAUGGCUUUGCCGAAUCAGCAGACUGUGGAUUACCCGAGCUUCAAGCUCGUCAUUGUCGGCGAUGGUGGAACAGGAAAGACAACCUUUGUCAAGAGACAUCUUACUGGUGAAUUUGAGAAGAAAUAUGAACCAACUAUUGGUGUGGAGGUUCAUCCAUUGGACUUUUUCACCAACUGUGGAAAAAUUCGAUUCUACUGCUGGGAUACAGCUGGACAAGAGAAGUUCGGAGGUCUUAGAGAUGGAUACUAUAUCCAUGGGCAAUGUGCUAUUAUCAUGUUUGAUGUUACUGCUCGGUUGACAUACAAGAAUGUUCCCACAUGGCACAGGGAUCUUUGCAGGGUCUGUGAAAACAUACCGAUUGUUCUUUGUGGAAACAAGGUUGAUGUCAAGAACAGGCAGGUCAAGGCAAAGCAAGUUACUUUCCACAGGAAGAAGAAUCUUCAGUACUAUGAGAUAUCAGCUAAGAGCAAUUAUAACUUCGAGAAGCCUUUCUUGUACCUUGCCAGAAAGCUUGCAGGGGACCCUAACUUACAUUUUGUUGAAUCCCCUGCAUUGGCUCCUCCAGAAGUGCACAUUGAUCUUGCUGCACAACAACAGCACGAGGCUGAGCUUGCUGCAGCUGCUAGCCAGCCCCUUCCCGAUGAUGAUGAUGAAGCAUUCGAGUAGAUGUGGAAGUUGUCAUCUGGUUGAGAGUUCCCUUAGUAUUAUUCGUGGGUCCUCGGACCUUUUCUUUUGUUUUUCUGAAACUGCUGGUAUUGUUGUUUGUAAGUGUUGAUUUUCCUGGUCAAUUGAGGAUGUGAAUUGGAGAAUGCCGUGUUUUGAUGUUUUCCAUGUAUGAUUUUAUGUUGAACUGGCUUCCUAUCAGCCGUUUUCCUACACUUUGUCCAGUCCAUGUUAUGCAGUGGCGUUCUAUUUA